GAGCGACCUGCCGCUGCUUCCAGGAGUCACCGGGGCAAGCCCUGGACGCACUCUGUGGCGGGAGCUCAAGGGCUGGAUUAAAACAUCUGAAGGGCAGGAUGUGGCCCUCGAGCCAUAGUUUGCCCACCCUUGAUAGGCUGCGGCCCCCAGUAGCGAUGCCUCGGAAGGCGGAGAAGUUUCUGCAGAUCGCCCCGCACUCCCUGGCCAUCGUCCUGAGCCCCGGGGCUGCGCUGGAGGCGGAGCAGGAGGACGGAGAGCGGCAGCUGCCGGGGGAGCCGCCUGGCGAUGAGCCCCCCCAGCUCGGGCGCCACCACAUCGGCUACGAGAUCUUCGCGGACUUCAAGCAGGAGAACAUGCAGCACUUCUGGAACCCGCGCGUGACGGCGGCCGUGGCCGAGACCUUCUUCCUGGGCUGGCUGGACGAGCAGGUGCUGCUGAUCCAGGGCAAGGAGGAGCACCUGGAGGUGCUGCGGGAGGGCUGGACGCGCCGCUCCCUCAAGCCGCCCGCCGGCUUCCGCAUCAAGUGCCUGGCCAGGUUCAAUGAAGGAUUCCCUGUACCAGGCUCUUCCUUCUGGUAUAAUGGAUAAACUUUAAUGCAUUUGCCAUUCUUUAAAUUGCACAAAUCUCUGUACAAUGCCAAACCUGUUCUGAGCAAUGAUAAAUAGAUUGUAAAAUGUGCAGUACCGGAGUGAGUUUAUCUUGCAUGCUGAGAUACAUUUCAAGGUAUUACCUUUCUACCAGAUAAGUGCAUCAGUACAAAGCCACACUAGUUAACCACUUAAACUUUCUGUGCCUAUUCUUUAUUUAGUGGUGCUGUGCACUGAAAAAGACAAUUUUUAUAAUUUUGCUUUCAACAUAUAUAUAUCCAGCAAUGUUUACUAUGAAUAAAAAUAUUGUGGUUAAGUGCUAGGUUUGUGUUUGUUCUGGAUUUUAGUGAGUUUGGUAAGCAGUAGAAACUAUGGACAUUUCAUUGUGAUAUUCCAUUUUAUCUUUAUAAUCUCAGUACUUGUUAAACUUUUAAAGGACUAACUAUUUGGAAACCAUGUGUUCAAUAGUGUUUUCAAAUUCUCAAAACAUUUGCCUCUACAGAAAAAUAAACAUGUAAGCUGUGCAA